ACGAUUUCAGAAAAUCAUUAUGGACUCGCCGGUUCCAAUUCGAAGUCCGUCUCCUUUUCCUGCAUUUACAGAAUCAAUUGAAUCAGAGUUUGCAACUGGUGGUACGAAUACUGACAGCGACCCGAUUCCCUACGUGUCCUUCUCAUUAGAACCAUUGAAACUAAAAUACCACUUGGAAACUGAAGUCUGUAAUCCGACCCCAGAUCAAAUUGUGACCCAGCUGGCUCUGAGAAGCGAAAGGCAAAGCGGCAAUGUCGAACUAGUCAAUUCUGCUCAAAACCAGUUCAAGUUUAAAAGUUCAGAAGUGAAUUCGAAGCUGAAACGAAGCUUCCGAACAACUGCGUUGCGUGUUUUUGCAAACUUCAAAUGGGAUUUGACAAAGUUUGAUAAAAAUGUGCCCUUGCAUUUAGUAAAUCUUUUACUCAAUGAAUUGAUUCUAAUUACUGACGAGGAAUUGGCAAAAUCGGUGUCCGAUGAAGUUUUGAAAUCGCUUUCAGUAACAGCGAAACUGUUUUAUCAUUAUUGGUGUUUACAGGUGCAUUUGCAAAACAGAAAGCUGACUAAGCCACCGGCUGUGCCUUUAAACAUAGCACCGAAUAUGUUAAAUGACCCAAGAAUUACGUACAGUGAACAGUUGAAUGCCACUCUAAAAAUGAUGUCAGAGAAGGCGGAGUUAAACGCAAAUCAAGUUGAAAUGUUCAUCAAUAAUUCCGACUAUUAUGUGGAAAGGUAUUCGCUUCAUAGUUGCGAUUCGUUACACCAGUUGACACCCGAUCGUAAAUCCGAGCUGUUUUUAUUUGGAUUUCAACAUGUUAUUGCAUGUGUGAAUUUUUGUAUUGGAAAAUUGAAGUUUUUGAAAAUGGAAAUGAGUCAAGCAAAAUUGCGCUUCGAAACGGUCUGUGGUUUAAUGAAGUUCUACGAAGACAAUCUGGAAUGUAAGUUUUUCCAAAUCGAUCUGAAAGAGCUGCAAGGUUUCUGUGCUGCUCUUGGGAUUGUCGUUAAAAUCGAAAAAGAAAACCUAAAUUUCGUCGAAAGUGAAAGAGAAAAAUGCGUUAAAUUGCUAAAUCUGAACAAUUACAGAGGUGUUGUUGAUAUAUUGAUGGAGCAACUCAGUUCUGAUUAUUCGAAACCGGGGAACAUUGACCGGAACUUCAGAAAUUGGUUGGUCAAUGAAGUUGCAGAAAAAUCGCAGUUUCGAUUCCAAAUUGAAUCAUGUAACUUUGUGUCUUUGGCCUUGUGCUACGGUGGAAAAUUCCAUUCGCAACAACCGGAUUGUAAUAAUUUCUUGUUUGCUUUGAAAAAUCGAUCCGCAGUGGACGUUGCUUUCCUGAUGAUGUUGGUAAACAAGCGAAUGCAAGCUUACAUUUGGGAUGAUAAGUUCAAAGCAGACGAGCGCCGUAAUAUCUUUGGAAGCUUUCUGUCGAAAAUUCUCACGCAUGUUGAUUCAAACAUAGCCAUAAAAAUCCUCUCUGAGUUGCAGUCUCCAAUUAAAGAAGUUUUUUCAAACGAUGAUGUUAAAGUUCUCAGCUCGGCUAUUAACAAUAUAUUUUCGCCUGAUAUUGACGACACAGAGUCACAUCUAGAGAUUCCCGCGAAGUCAUCAGACUCUUCGCUGUUAAUUCCCGGAAACCUCGUGAUCAAACGAAUGAUUGUUCUUGAAAAUGAAAUCAUAAUGGAGUCGAGCAUAGACAAAACGCGAGAACUUUUGAACGAAUAUAUUCAAAUGCCGAAUGCGCGUCCAAUUAUAGUUCACUUUGAAAGCUGGAUUCCCAGAAUUUGGUUGGACAGAAUCAAAACUGUGAAUACCCCGGAUAGUUACUACAGGUCUUUUGUACCUUUGGCACUGGGAAAAGGGUUCCGGUUUUUGGCUCUCGGAGAGUUCCGAACUUCACACGAUUGGUUCUUGAAUGUAGCGCAGUUGACCAAUCAGGUGUUAGGAGUUCUGCCUGGCCAAUCACAGCCUCUGAGUGUGGGCUUCGAGUGGGAAGCUUUGAAUGCACGUUUGAACGAUCUGAUCAGAAAUGAGCAAAAAUUAAGUGAUGAUUUAGUCCAGAAGUGCUUAGCUACGCUGUUCAACUUUCUUGGAAAUGGAACUUUGUUCGACAUUCGAAGUGAAAUAGUGGAAACAUGCGCUGUUAGUCUACUUAAUUCUGGGUUCUACAAAAAUCUAACCGAUUUUACCCAAUUCAAACUAAAAAUAGUCCGAGUUAUUGCAUUCUUAGCUCGGUUCAAACAAAACAUGGUGAUCCAUGGAACGCCAAAAUUUGAUGGCUGUAAAGAGCUGUUCGCAAUUACACUCGAAAUGCACACGGGUUCGGAGGAAGAUUCGAACAAAAGACCAAGAAUGGUUGUGGCACCCGAUGCUGCUGUUGAAAAGUCAACUUCUCUUCGCGACAAUUUUCUGCUGUUUUGUCUUAGAUUGACUGACGGAUUUGUAAUAGAAUCAUUACUAACUUGUCUCGUUAGGUUGUACAAUGUGCUUAAUAGUGAAAACUUAGUUAUAGAGCUGACAUCUUCUCUACUAAGUGAAGGUGGCGGCGCCUGGCGUCAAUUGUUUAUCGAACAUAAAAGUUUACCAAACGCGGCUAAAACCGUGGCGUCAAUUCAAAGAACGAUUGAGCAAUUCUUGGAUCAUCUUUUGCACAAAAGGAAAAUUGGAUUAUCGUCUGUAAGUUGGGUCAAAACUUACGUUGAGCUUCAAAUUGCGAAGGAAAAGUAUCAGGCAGCAUUAAAAAUGUGUUUAAAACAUGGUUCGAGAGUAACAAAUGGAUUCGCAUUGACAAAUGUUCAAACUAGUACAUCAGGUAUAGUUUCAUUUAACUGGAAAAGAUUUUGGAGUGAUGAUUUGUUAACUUUGAUGAUUCGAUGCUGUGAGAAGAUGUGUUAUAAUGUACUAGCGGCAGUAUUUGCGCAAAUGAUGGUGACGCCGCAAUAUGCAAAGGUAUUCAGUCUUCUCAGUCCAGAUUCGCCACGGAUCACCCGCGACGCUGGUGAUUAUUUGUACAAAUUUAUUUACGAUAAGUCCAUUUUGGAGUGUAUCAUUAAUGCCCAUACUUCGCGCGGAGAACUAGCAAAAGCUGACAUUGCGAUCGAACAAAUGAAAAAUGUGGAUUUGAACGAAUAUAAUUCGAAUGUGAUUAAAAAUAAAGUCGCUCAAACUUAUACCUAUCAAGCUUGCCAAUAUCUGUCGAAACUGUUGCUAUAACUAUUUGUCUAAGAACGUCAAAUGAGUUUAAAUUGAGACUGAAA